AUGAUGCAUUCUGCAAGAAGGUAUAUGCUGUUUAGGCCACGUCUCCUGUGUCAAAGCAGGCCGUGGACUGCUCGUUUUCAAUCUUCUGUGCGAACACCAGCUAGCGAACCCUUGGAGGACGCCCAGAUCGACGAGUGGCUCCAAGCCAUCGACGAGUUGAAAACAGAGUUCUCUGCAAAGGAUUACCUACCAGAAACCUCACUGGCACCCCCGGGUCAGUCUAAAGUAGACCUCUUACGGGGUUCGCAGGCGGACACCAAGUUAAUUCCAACUGCAGAGCAGUUGGAGCAAUGGGAGGCACUGAAGUCGGUGCCAAUCCCUCCACGGAAGAACGCAACGCUGGAUCACGUCACAAACAUGAUCAUGCGCCACGGCAAGAAGGAGAAGGCUCAAUCAAUCUUGUCCAAAGCUCUGUACUUGGUGUACUGCCAGACUCGGCAGGACCCUAUACAGGCUUUGGAAAAGUCACUGGACGAAUUAGCACCUUUGAUGUUGACCAAGACAUUUAACACGGGUGUGGCCAAGGCAUCCGUCAUCCCCGUGCCUCUGAACAAGAGACAAAGAAAUAGAAUUGCAUGGAACUGGAUCGUACAGAGCGCAAACCAAAGAGUUUCUAGCGACUUUGCCGUGCGUUUGGGAGAAGAACUCACGGCCAUCACCAAGGGUACCUCGUCGGCCUUUGAAAAGAGGGACCAGAUCCACAAGACAGCGAUUGCCCACAGAGCAUACAUCCAAUUAAAGUAG